UGUAACACAUAUCGCCCCACUUUGCUCAGGAUGGUGUGCACUGCAUGCGUGGUUGCUGCUGCACUGGUGUGGAGCGCUGCAGGGCUGCUUGCUCCCCCUCAGAAGAACUACUCGAUCCUAAUGCUCAUUCCGUACUGGGGAAAGAGUCACAGAAACGUGUUCAUGCCUCUAUCCGAAGCUCUAGCUGACCGAGGUCACAAGGUCGUGAUGCUCACUAUGGUGCCGGAAUCGUCCACACACCCGAACAUCACUGAGGUUAGCUUCUCCCUGGCGAACGUGAAUGUUGAUUCUUCGAAUAUGUUUGAUCUCUUGGGUACUAGCAUCAGGACCACCUACAUGCCGAUCAUCGCCCGGGAGAUGUACAAGCUGCCGUGCGUCAAGAAGUUGUACAAGGAAAGGAAACAGUUUGACCUCAUAGUGGUGGACUACUCAUUCAGCCAGGUGGUGUUCCCUUUCGUGCAUGAAGUAUUCUACAUCACCGUGGCCACCGUUGGCAAUGAGCCCUUUCUCAGCGCAGUGAUGGGUAACGUCCUUAACCCGUCUUAUGCUCCAAGCUUGUGGUCUUCCUACGUCGGCCACUUGUCCUUCUGGGAACGCAUGCAUAACAUGGUUCAACACGUCUGGCCAUCCAUCCUCUGGAAGCAUUGGAACUUUAUACCAGACGUGCAGAGAGAAAUAUGGCAACACUUCCCAGACUUGCCGCCGCUAAUGGACAUUGAAAGGAAUCAAAGCUUAACAUUGAUGAACACCCACUUCAGCAUUUCCACGCCUAUGCCUCUGCUGCCCUCACAGGUGGAGGUGGGCGCUAUGCACUGCCGUCCCGCUAAGCCUCUGCCUCAGGAUCUCAAGGCGUGGGUCACGGGCGCGGGCUCUGCUGGCGUUGUCUAUUUCAGUCUGGGAUCCACUGCUAGCGGGAUGUCUAUACCUUCUCAGUACAGACAAAUUUUCCUGGAAGUUUUCCGCAGGUUGCCGCAGCGUGUCCUGUGGAAAUACGAGGGCGAGCUGGAGGGCAUGUCUGACAACGUGAGGAUCAGCAGGUGGCUUCCCCAGCAGGACUUGCUCGCUCACUGCAACGUGAAGGUGUUUAUUUCUCAUGGCGGUCUCCUCAGUCUGCAAGAGUCUAUCUUCCACGCCACACCACUUCUCAUCCUCCCCAUUUACGGUGACCAGUUCAGGAACGGAAUGUUUGUGGACGGCUCGGAUGUGGGGCGCACGUUGAUGUGGAAGGAGCUCACUGUUGACAGGAUCGUCGAGGCCCUCACUGACAUCAUCACCAACCCUAAGUACCAAAAGAACGUGGCCAGAUUGUCAGCAACCCUAAGGGAUCAACUGACGACGCCGCAGGAGCGAGCCGUGUUCUGGACGGAGUACGUGAUCCGCCACCGUGGAGCAGUCCAGCUGAGGUGCCCCGCUGCCGACCAUUCCUGGGUGGAGUUUCUGUUACUGGACGUGAUGGGCCUGCUGCUGCUGGGCCUGCUGCUGCUGCUGUUCUUCACCCGACGAAUCCUAAGGGCAAUCUCUACCAAAAUUUUCGAUGGCUAUCCAAAGCAGAAAACUGCCUAGAGGCGUCAAACAAGCAUGGAGGAGAACAUGAGAACACUGGAUGUAUUACAGGAACGUCUUGCAUUUGAAUUUACAUCGUAUGAUCUUCAACCAAGUAGUUGA